CGGCGGAAAAUAGUUUAAGGGAAAUGAGUAUCAACUGCAAAAAUGUCUGGGUCUGGAAGAAUGCAUGUUUGUCAUGCUUGUCUGGUAUGACUCUUUAAAUCUGUCAUGCACGUUACCCAAGAGCCCCACUUUUCUGCCAUGCAGAAACGCAGUUGGUCAUGUAGAAUAGGCAACACCUAGAAGCUCAGCAACUUGUCAUGCUGAGCCAGCACUUGUUGCCUCCUCAUGAUACGCCACCCAGCAUCACAAGUUUCCAGAACCAGACAUAUUUGCAUUUUAUAGUGAGCGAGAACAGAAGUAGUGCUAGUACUAGCGGACGCGUCGGUAGUACAGCAACCGCGACCACGGGGGGGACAACCUCCAGCGGCGGUCCGUCGGACCAGAACAGCGGAAGCACAGACAGCAGCGCGGUAGAAGUUCUUGGCGGCGCAGUAGAGAAGGAGUUGUUAAGACAAGGUAGCAGCACUGGUGGCACAACUACUUCUAGAGGUAACAAUAAAGGCGGAGUUUCAUCAUCAUCAUCAUCUGACCACGCGAACGGUGUCAAAAGCGGAAGCAACUCGGCUUCCUCCUCCAGCACCUCCGCAAAUCGGUCCUCACGUCCGGUGUCGACUAGUGCAACGAAGCAGAAGGGGGCUGGAUCAGACGUGUUGCAUGGAGAGAAUGAAAAUAAAUCUGAGAAAGCGAUGCGAGCUAGCAGCGCCGGCGGUAAUGUUGUUGUGCUGCAUCAGCAGGGGAAGAACACGAACAACAUUAACAAGUCCACUUCGAGCAUUGAGGAGAUUACCGAGGGGAGCAGCUCCAGAGCAGUGUCGUCUACUGCUGUCGAUGGCACGAAGCCCGUGACUUCUGGCGAAGUACCAGCAGACGCAGCAACUUCCCGCAAUAUGUCUUACGCGGCACUUUACGGCGGCGCCGCGACUUUGAAGGACGCGUUACUCUCGCAACAGGCGUUGACUUUACGGCAGGAGAAAGAGCGGCGGGAGCGGGUAAACAAAGAUAAUGAGGGAGUAGUAGGAACGACGACAUCUUCUGCUUCCAACUCUUCCUCCUCCGAAAUGGAACAUGAGGCCGUGCAGCCCUUGCGACCCAAGGAGCACAUUUAUUGUGAGGAAAAAUCCCCCCUCCCCAUAUCGAAAAGGCAUGUUUCCGAAAAUUUGUGUUGCUGAUUUCAGGUCACAAAUCACAUCUGUCUUGCAAGAAGACAAGGGCAAAAGGUUCGCCCCCAUUAUGGCUGCGAUUUGUCAUGCUGUCGGGCCUAAAGGGGAGCCGUUUGCCAUGCUGAGCAACUAGAAGACCGAUACGCCCCUACAUAGCCUGGGGAUCUGGCCGCGAUGCCUUCCUGCAAUACAAGGCCGAUUUGUGUACACAAAUCCCGCAUCACAGAUUUCCAUUUCGAUAUGGGGUAGGGAGAUUUUUCCUUUUGAUAACAUUCCGCGGCUGUCCACCGAGCUGCCGCCGGAGUUCGACGGGGACUGGAAAAAGUGGCGCGAAAAGGAAGCUAAGAGAGUGCACAACUCCCCCUUCCCCUCGUUUGUCAUGCAAAACCCAAAUUCAAGCGCUGCUUUGUGGCACUGUCUGCAUGCCAGGUUCAUCCGGAAGCCCAAACAGUACUACACUAGGCGCGUGAAUUUGCCAUGCACAGGCUCCACGUGUGUCGGGAUUUGUAUUGCUGCUCAUGCCAUACAAAUGAGGGGGAGGGGGGCUUGUGCACUCUCAUAGAAGCCGCCGCGGAGCGCUUAGCAGCAGAGCAGGUGGAGAUCGCGAAGCGAGAAAGGGAAAUCAACAUCGCGAUGGGGAGUCAAGCGUUGGCGCGGGCUGCGAGAUUGAACCAAGCUUCAUCGAAUCGGCAAGGCGGAGAACAAGACGGGGUACUAGACCACGAGGACGGGACCGGAACUUCGCCGGAAAAGAAGCAGAAAAUCACCAACAGCAUGCUCACGAACGCGUACAUCAUGGCGCGGCUGGCUGCGAAAGCCAAGCGGCCGAAGAGCAGUCCGAGCACGAAGGGGGGAGGAACAAGCGGUUCAGGAACUACUACGGACGGAGCUGCAGCAGGUAGUAGAACCGCCUCGAAAGCAGCAGCAGCACAGGGCGGCGCUGCAGGUCCUAGGGGGGAGUCGCGGAAGACGUCACGUUCGAAGUCAAAAGGUUCCGCGUCGGCGGGCGGUGGUGCCGGG